AUCUAAUACCCAUAGCAAACAUCUUUAUAAGAGUCCACUAGUACAGGAGUACUACGGUAUACCGGGUAAAAUUGCAGAUUGCAUCAACCAAAGAAUCUGAUAAAAAAUGUUACCUAACCUAACCUAAGUUAACCUAACCUAAUGUCAUAUAAGAAAAUGAUCAUACAAAAAAUAGUUCUAUCUAUUGAGUGCAGUGAAUUUCCGGAAUUCUGUGGUUGCUGUUACUGCAAUACAGUAUUACCCUGUGCCGUUAUUAUUAAUAUAAUACAGGAAAUUUGAUGGGGUAAGAGAUUCACUGGAGAAAACCUUUUAUUAUAGGAUGGUAAUAGCAAAAAUACCAGGCGGCUAACCAGGAAAUCAGUGGUGAAGAGGAUAAAAAGAUACCCUGUGAUGGAGACUAGACUUCUGGAAGACAUAAUACACCUGUUACAAGAUGUAGAAUGGCUGUACAACUUUCCUGUGACUCAGAUUUUCACAAGAAAUGUGUUUUCUCAAAUGCCAGAAGAAUGGAGAGAUGCUUUACUUAAGCUUCCUGUCGAGAUCCUUAAUACUAUUCCACAAUAUAACAGCCAAGAACAUUGGCCGUCUUCCCUUCAGUUAUUCUUAAAGAAGUGUAAGAGACUUUCCCUGCAUCAUCUGGUUGUCAAUCCUCAUGAUGGUCAACCAGAUACCCACCAGAAAAUGCAUUUGCCCCAGGAGAUCACUAAAGGAAUGUCAACGAAGAAGAAACACGAAGUAGCAUCUCUCCUGUACCUAGUGAAGCGACUUUCAGACACUACACAAAGUCGUCAUGUUCUGGAUGUUGGCAGCGGCAUAGGCUAUAUAGACACUCUUCUUCACCACAUACUCAAGUUCACAAUCUUAGGUGCUGAAAGUGUGGCGGAACAUGUAAGAAGUGCAAAUACUAGACAGCAGAAACUCUCGGGCCAGUGUACUGGGAUCAGACACUUGCACUGGAGCCUUGCAGAUGAUGAGGGAACUCUUCAUAAAGCUGAGGAAGUGAUAUCAGAGCUAGUUCAAGUAGAUCAAAUAUGUACAUGUCAGGUCACGAAAAAGAGUUCAAUAUCCGGUGAGACAAGUGAUAAGCCGCCUGUAUUUAUCAUGAAUAAAGAACAUGAAUCAAGUGGUUAUGAUGAAGGAAAUAACUCAGAGUCAGUAGUAAACACAGAUGGUCAUCAUCCCAAAAAGUCAGCCAUACUUUUGGGACUACAUGCCUGUGCUGAUCUGUCUCCCAUCAUGAUGAAAAUAUACAAAGAAUCUUCUCGGGUAUCUUCCCUUGUAUUACUUUCUUGUUGCUACCACAAGAUGCAAAAACAAAGCACACAUGAUGUUAAUAUUAGCCAACCUGAAAAGUUAUGUGGCCAAGAAACUGUUAUGGAAGAAGAAUUUGUAAAUUUUCCCAUGAGUAAGGCACUGAAAAAUAUAUUACAGCAAAAUAAUGUUCACAUGUCAACCUUUGGUCUAAGGCUCGCAGCUCAAGAAUCAGGUCUGCGAUGGAUCAGACAAACAGCAAAGGACCAUGAGAAUCACAAGAAAAAUGUGGCUUAUAGAGCACUUCUGGAAGUAUUUUGUAUCAGAGAGGGAUUUACCUUGAGAAAACUUCGUCGUCGAUGUGUGAGAAAAUCUCAUUUUGAAGACUUCAGUGAAUAUAUUAGAAAUGUAGUUGUAAAUUAUGAAUUUAUACCAUCCAAAGGCAAUGUACAUGUUACAGGACCAAGUAAAAAUAAAAGAUUCAGUGAUGCAUCUUCACCACAUUUACAAAGUACAGAAAAAAGUCAAAGAACAGAAAAAGAUAAUGAUGCUGCCCCACAUCAAAGUCUUGAUACAUCUGAAAGGAGAGACUUACCAGCUGUAACAGAGGAAUAUAUCACACGUAUUUUACAGAAAUGUUAUGAAGACUACCAGCACUUAUUUCCACUGAUUGAACCUCUCACAGGUCUGCAGUUGGCCUUGCAGCCAGUGAUGGAAGCACUAGUAUUUGUGGACAGAGUGGCUUACUUAAAAGAGUGUGGCUUCACUAACGUAUGGUUAGAGAAAGUGUUUGAUGUAGAAGUUUCACCCAGAAAUGUUGCUUUAGUUGCUCUGAGAUAAAUGAGUAUGGUACAGUAACAUAUUAUUUUCAGCAAUAUGUUAGUACAGUACUGUAUACAGUACUGUACUUUAAGUGAGAUCUUAACAGAGUCAGAGAAGAUGUUACAAACCACAUCAAGUUCCCAUGCACCCAAGUACAUGACUCGGAACCUCCUGCAACAUGGUGGGAGAGUCCCUUCGAGACAGUGCAUGACCAGUACUUGCCAACAGUGCGUAACAGAGACGUGACUGACUGUCCAAGCGACUAACGAGCCGAUCAGUGUUGAAGAGGAUAAAAGUACAAAAGUAAAAGUUAGAAAAUAAAAAUAAAAUUCAGGAAUAAGUCAACAUGUCCUAGGCUCUGGUACCCUGAAAACAUUUUUCUACCAGGACAAUUUUCAGGUGACCACUAAAAAGACUGUUUGGAUAUGGCCUUACUAAUAAAGAACCGAAGAUUAUUUUAUAUAUUAUAUGUAGUGCAAUCUACUUAUACUGUAUAUGAUAUUUAUUUAUGUGCCCAAUGUAAACAAAAAUAGUUCCUAU